AUGGCCACAGUGACUGAGAGUCCGCAGAGAGUUCCUCUGCCUGCCGACGGCCAUGCCGAUCUGACAUCGAACCGUAUCGUACCCAUCCCGACCCCGACCAUCCAAAUGUCCGCUCCAUCUCCCGGCGACCCUAUGGAGAUCACCUCCCCCAAAGCCAGUAGCACUUCGCCCUCGGGCAAAACCAACAAUACAGACGCCAACGGCGCCUCCAAGCAAGCUUCGCCCACCGAUCACUCUUCCCACAGCUCCGUCACCAUGCCUGCCGCCCCCGCUGCCGCUGCCGCCGCUGUUCAUCAGCCCAAGAUUGUGCAGACGGCCUUCAUACACAAGCUCUACAGCAUGCUCGAGGAUCCCAGCAUCCAGCAUCUGAUAUCUUGGUCGGCCAGUGCUGAGAGCUUCGUCAUGUCUCCGUCGGCCGAUUUCUCAAAGGUUCUCGCACAAUACUUCAAGCAUACCAACAUCUCUUCCUUCGUCCGACAGCUGAACAUGUACGGCUUUCACAAAGUAAGCGACGUGUUCCACACCACGAGUCCCGAGACCGCGCUGUGGGAGUUCAAACACGGAAAUGGCAACUUCAAGAGAGGCGACCUAGUUGGGCUCCGCGAAAUCAAACGCCGCGCAUCCCGUCACGCUCUCGUUCACCGGGAAUACCCAAAUACCAAGCCGAGCCCGUCACAGCCUGGAACACCCGCCGAGCCAAUGCCGCCCCCUAACGAUGGCUCGGAUCCGCGCAUGUCUGGAAUCGAACACACUCUGUACGACCUUAGCAUGCGACUGCAGAGGAGCGAAGAGAACGCCCACUACAUGCACAUCAAGCAACAGGCCGUCAUGGAAACCAUGUCGCGGCUCCUUCAGUUCAACCAGGAGCUGUCAAGAACGGUUCUCAACUUGAUCCCGAGUCCCGACCAUCCGGUGCAUCGAGAUGUCCUGAACUUGCAGGGGGAGAUGGCAAGACAGGCAGACAUGCUCCGAACUAUUGACGACCCCCAGGAAUCUCCGUUUGCGAACAGCCGUGCGUACUUUUCGAAUGUGGAGAACGCACCCGUUUCGCCGCGGCAGUUACCCCAGGACGAUCCGAGGCGAAAUGCGAACCUUGCAGUCCCUCAGCCCAGGGGACAGAAUUUCUACCGGCCGCCCGUACCCUCGAAUCUUUCCGUCAGCACCCGGCGGCCAUAUGGCUCAAUUGGAGGUGGCUCGGCAGCGCCACAGGCUUCGUCUCCCUUACGGGCGGCGCCGCCUCCACCGCCCCCUGGACCGCAUCCCUUGGCCCAAGUUGAGGCACCUCCCGGAAGUCUUGCGAGACGUCAUACAUCUGCCGAUAUUCGUGCACACGGCUGGCAGCCGAGCGCCCCGCCACCUUUUGCUUCGGGGCCUCCGUCUGGGCCACCCUCGGGACCAUGGCCCUCUUCGCCUAGUCGGCUUCCACCGGAAGAUCAGCGUCUCAGGGAGUCCCUCUCCACUUAUUCUUUGCAAAACGCAUCCCACCCGCGGUCCAUGUCGAGACCUACGACGCCGCCAGGUGUGCCCUACUCAAACGGCGGCGGCGGUGUUGGUGGCGGCGCGGACGCCUUUGGGAAUUGGUCGUGGAACUCUGCGAACCGGGACAAUAAGAACCUGGCCAUCAGAGACGGCUCCGGGCCGCCAACCCGCCGUGGCAGCAUGGCGCAUAUCCUCAACCCAACAGACACGGCCGAGCGGGACGAUGAAGACGAGGAUCCCCGAGGCGACGACGACCGGAAGCGCAAGCGGAUGCAGUGA